ACACAAAACUCAAACAAAUCGAACUAAAAAGGUGAUAUUCGUAAUCAGCACAAAAUUCUGCAUCGGAUGAUGUGUCUUUCAAGGAAAAAUGAAGAGUGCUUGAUUUUUGAAUUAGCGGCACCUUAUAUAAACGCGAAAAGUUUCAUAGUCAAAAUACUUUCUAAAUUAUUUCUUUCGUAAGUAUAGUUGUUCAAGGAAGUAUCUUCCUUUACCAUUACUGCGAUAUAAAAAGAAAAUGUAAGGACGAUCUAUAUCACAAGAUCUCGAGAAGUCUGUUUCAAGGGUUUUGAGUAUAAGAGGUAUCAAUACGGUAGUGUUUUGUAACACUUCGCCAAUAUUCUGUGUAGUCUCGGCAAUAUGGAUUGUAGGGCUUUUUCGACAUCGAUCUUUCUUCAAAGUUUUGAAUGAGAGAAAUCACUGCAUAUCUAUCAACAUUUUCUUGAACACACAUAAUUUUUUCAAAUAGGUUAAAUAACGAGUGGGCCAGAAAUAAUGACGCACUUUUAUUCUCUUUUCUUUCGAACACAACUGAACACAACUAUUCGAAGAUUCAAUUCUAAACUCAUUCGAUAUAGAAUUUUCUGCUGUACAAAACGCAUCACCUUCUUUCAUUACAUAUUAUUUCAUUAUUUUAAAAAAUAGAGCAGAGUAGGAGGGACAGGUAAAAGUACAACUGUGAUUUCCUAUCAAAAUUUUGGUGGAUUUUCGUUUUUGUAUAACUUUUCGAGAAAUAAUGUGGUAAUUGAGAGACAAAGAUGGUAUAAAAAUGUUCAGCGGAUUGAGCGCUAUCAUCCAGACUACGCUGCUUAUCCGUUUGGUCACUUAAAUUGCGAAGUUUUCAGUGCACAAGUUAAUCUGUACUUUCGAAUAACGUGGGAUUUUGAAAAAAGCAGAAAAAAGACUAGCCAAACAACACAGUGAAAGUGUGCGUUAUAGCGUUUGUAGAGCAGAAAAUUUUCUAUCUUCUAAUGUCGGAACGAAGUCUUGGAACUAUACGAGAUAUGGAUAAAAACGGAUACAUGAGUAACCUCAUAAUUUCAGGAUCAUCCGUUCUUAGUGGCAAAAUGUUAGGAAAAAUUUGAUUUGUCAAUGCGGAUUAAUUAAAUGAAGACGAAUUCUUCACACAAAGUACCUGUAAUGAAUAGCUAACAGAAGUGUUAUUAAAUAAUCAAUUAAGUCAAGUACAAAAAUAACUAUAACCUGUUCCUUCUUACUUUCUUUUUCAUGAAGAACAGACGUAUCGUUUAGUCUCUCUUCUGAUAUCACAACUAUAGUUAAAUUUAUGCGAAAAGUUAAUCAACAUUCACCACCGUCGCCUUUAAAUUCUUCUUCUACAAAAAAUCAAAAUCAGUUGAUAUAAUGGCUGACAACAUCAGUAAUAAUAAUUUGUCGCAAAUUAUUAAAGACCAAUUUUUAUCAUCACAAUUUGUUGAACAACUGGCAAAGUCUAUUGUUAGUUCUGAUAUAUUCAUCAAUUCUAUUAUAAAUGUAGUUAAAGAAGCCACAGAAAAACAGAAAGAACAAAUUGGUCAAUUAACACAACGUUUAAAUGCAAUGGAAUCACAGCUGAAUACUGUUGUAAUGCGUGUUAAUGAUCAUGAUCAGUAUACGAAAAGAAAAGACCUGAUAAUUUAUGGUAUUCCAUUUCAAAGUGAUGAAAAUGUUACUGUUCUCGUGAUUGAUUUAAUGUCAAAAGUUGGUCUACAAUUGACAAAGAAUGAUUUCUAUGGAAAUCACAGACUGCUUCCUUCAAAAAAUUCUCAAAAUAAAUCACGUCAGGUAAUAAUAGUUGGCUUCCUACGAAUUACGGAUAGAAACGUGUUUUAUUCAUCAAGGAAGAAAUUUCGUGAAAUUGAUGAACUAAAAAAUAUUUUUAUAAAUGAACAUUUGUCACAACAUAACAAUCAGAUUUAUCUCUAUGCAAAAAUAAAACUGGAUAAAAGACGUGUAUUUACACGUAAUGGUAAUGUUCUAAUGUAUCUGGCUAAAGUCAAAAAUACAUUAGGUAGGACACGUACGACCGUGAUUCCAGCAUUAUUAAACAGUAUGAAUGAAAUAAUGGUCGAUACACGAGAAAAGAUUGAAAUUUUAAACGAAUAUUUUGCUGAAGUUUGCACGUGGACAGGGCCAAUAAUCGAUUCAAAAAUAGCUGAUUGUUUCUCUGAAUCCAAAGUUUUAAUUAAUAAAUUUACGGUAGUGCAACCUGACGUUGAAAAUAUUUUACGUAGUUUGGAUCACAGUCGUGCAUGUGCGCCUGAAAUUACUAACCGUAUGAUUAAAAAUAUGGCACAGUCUAUUGUUAAACCUGUUUGUAAAUUAAUCUAUGAGUCCUUUGAAACGUUAAUCUUUCCCGAAAUAUGGAAAAAUGGAGUUAUAAAUCCACCGUAUAAAAGUGACAAAUUAAAAUCAAAGAAUAUGUGGUCUAAUUUAUCAGCUGAUACGUCUGGUUUUUAUGAAUAUCCUGUUCGUAAACCAUUUAUCAAUUCAACUCAUCAACGAUUAUCUUACAUACCCUCAAAAACAGCUGUACUUCCCGAGAGCAAUCGAGAAAAUUUACUUGAAGCGUUAAAAUCAUUAACAUUAAAAAUUAAAAAUCUUGAAGAAGAACGAGAACGCGCUGAAUUUAAUCUUCAUCAUAUCAAAAAUGGUAUUCGUCAUCGUCCAAAAUCGGCUACGAUCACAACAACACCAGACGCAAAUGACGUCGAUCAUCAAUUACAAAAUGCUGAACUACGUUUUCAUUUACUUGAAAAACAACAUGGAAAAGUUCGUCAACUUAUGGAAAAUGGUCUAGAUUCAACUUCAAUGAAAAAAUCAUCCACUCAUCAACAACAAUUUAUUAGUAAACGACGGUAUAGUGCAUCAACCAAAGGAUCAAAACGAAAAAGUCGACCGUCAUCGAAGAAAACGAAACGUAAUAACCAAUAUAUAUUAGAUAGUGUUCGACAUUGUCAUUUAGAUUUAAAUGCAGCACCAUUCAUUUUGGGUGCCUCAACAUCACCUAGUCACAAUUUAACGUCAAAUGUACAAAAUGUAAUGGCUCUUUUGAAAAAUCAUAAUCAUCAGCUCUGCCUUACAUCCAAAGAAUAUAAUACGUUAAAAUCUAACCAUACUGGUUAUCGCCAUUAUCGUCCAUUAUCACCAUCUGGUUCACCACUACAUCGUGCCUCACGUCCAAUAACGAGCAUUAAUUCUCCUGGUCCGAAUUCACCAUCUAGUGUAAUCGAUCGUAAUUUAUAUUCAGCCACCACCAUCAUUCCAACGACAAAAAGUCAUCUUUGUGCACGAAUUAAACAAUUACGUACGGAAUUUGCCUUGAUGGCUUGUAAACAUCAAAAACUAAAUGAUAAAAUUGAAAAAACUCUCGAUUAUCAACUACGUGAAACAUACGAAAACGAUUUAGAACAGUUAAACUUUAAUAUGCAAACAAUACUAACCGAAUUAGAAAAAUUACAAAAAUAUUUAAAACGGGUACUAUCACAACGAAGUUUAGAAGUGAAAAAUGAUCUAAAAGUUAAACACGGAAGGAAUAGUUUACCGUGUGGUACUGAGACGCCUUUAGAAGCAUUGAGACGAACUAAAUUAUUGCAAUUAAUACUGAAAGAUACAAAAGGACCGAAAUCAAGCGAUUAA